AUGUCUCCAUGGAAAGGGAGAUUAUUGUCUAUUGGAGGUAGGGUGACAUUGAUUAAUUCGGUGUUGACAAAUUUUCCAAUCCAUCAUUUGUCUUUCUUCAAGGCGUCAUGGAAAGUGUUGGGUGAGCUAAUAUCAUUACAGAGAUACUCCUUAUGGCAUGGAACAGAUGAAAGAAAAGGUAUGGCUUGGGUGAGCUGGGACUCUAUAUCUAAGACUAAGGAGGACGAAGGCUUUGGUUUGAAAGAUCUAAGGUUGUUCAAUAGGGCUUGGUUGGAAAAGUGGCUAUGGCGCUUCCUUACCGAAUCUGAUGCUAUUUGGAAGGUAUAUGUAGCGAAACCACAUGACUCGCUGUGGUGGAAGGAUGUGUUGAGGAUUAAUUCUGAUGUUGCAAUUGUUUCAUUUGGGGAACUGAUUACCAUUAGGUUGGGUGACGACGCAUCAACACUGUUCUGGACUGCGAGAUGGAUGGAUAGUGAUAUAUUGAGGGAGCAAUUUCCUGGACUGUAUUCUAUAGCUGCUAGGCGAGGCAGUAUGCUGACAGAAAUGAGGGCUUGGGAUACAAAUGGGUGA